AUGAAGUUUAGACGGAAGAGCUUAAACAACCCUUCCUCUUUCUCUUCAUCAUCAUCAUGUUCUUCGAUUCCUUUUCUUUCUCGCUCUUCAGUUUCUUCGUCCAGUCUCCUCUCUUCACCACAUAUGUUUCCAUUGCUUGGUUCCACUUCUCUACCCGCCUUAUCUACACUAUCCAAUAUGCCAUUAUCUGAUUGGGCUGAUUCAGCUAAAGGCAACUUCAGAGUUUGUAAUGGUUGCAGCUGUUGUUGCCAGCCAUCUGUUCCUUCUCAAGCAUCGGAAUGUUCUUGCUCAUAUAUAUGUACCAAAAGCUGCUGCUGCUGCAAUUGUUGUUGUCCUUCCGCAAAUUCUGAAUUAUCAACAUCUUUCUCUGUGGAUUCAUGGCGAGUGUGGUGGAACUGGUGCUUGUCUACUUUUGGUCUUCUUUCUUCUCGCGUCUCUGCUGAGGAUUGCACUUGUUAUAUGGCUUGCAUGCGAGCCCAGACAUUCCGUAGACGGUGUUCUGCGUCUUCUGCUGCCCUUGAUUCUACUGUUGCCGUAAUUCCUCGCAAGGAAGGUCGAACCUUGGAAUUUAUUUCAUCUAGAUCUCCGUCUUCUGGACAUCUUUCUGCAUCAUCUUACUCUGUUAGUUCAAGGAAUUCAUCAUGCUCAAGUUCUGUCUCAUCCCGGUCCUCCUCCACUCCUGCUUUCACUACUUCCCGAUCUUUCUCAUCCUCCUCUCUCUCAACAUCAUGUUCAAUCUCAUCUUCGUUCUCCUCGUCGAAGGCUUCCUCUAGAUCGAUAAAUCUUAGUUCGGUCGGUUUCAGCUCUGUCCGGUCGCCGCCCUGUGUCUCUCUUCUGCCUGGUUCUGCUGCCGGCACCACGAAUUCCUCGCCCGGUCCUCAUACGCCCAAUCUAACCAAUUUGAACCAAUUUAACCAUUGCAGUUCGGAUAAGCAAAUAAUGGCUUUACGAUCUAGGAAAUCUGCCAAACUGUCACACCAGCAUAAGCAUUCUUACACAAUCGAACCAAUAGAGUCAGAUAUUUAUACUUCAAGGCAAUGCCCCAUCUGUUUAGAGGAUUCAGGGACUCUUCAGAAUGACGUAUUGAAAGAGGGAAAUCGACUGAUGCUCUUACAGCCAAAUGCACCAACGACUUGUGUGUCGCAUAGUCAGUUCCAACAGCUCCGUAUUGGCAAUGAGGUAAUCACCAGAAAGCAUUCUAUUAACCAGCCACACGUCACGGCUCCAACACUAAGCCCUGUUGUUACAACUGCCACUCCAAGCAUUUGUACCCUAAGCAGCAACACCCAGAGCAUCAUUAAUAGACCUCAGAUUAUGUCCACUGGCAACACAACUGCGGCGCUUUGCUUAGGCCGAGCUGACCCUUCGUCUUGGCUUGGUGAUUCUUGUGCUUCUUCUGUCACUAAUCUUCCUUUGUCGGCUUCACAUACGGCCACCAGAGGAGCAGAGAAAACUCGAGAACGUACUGGCUAUUUGGCUUCAACCUGUUGCUCUCCCUUCAUGUCAAAAUCAUCACUCUAUAACAGAUUGGUAUCAACAGCUAAUUUUUCUGUCAUUAGAAAACUUCCUCUUACUUCACCCUCUGCUGAUAAUGGUAUUCUUGAACGACAGAGUGAAAAGCUAGGGUUAUCCGAGCCGGCUCCUAUUUCAGCACCUCUAAGCGACGAGAGAACUAGCUCAUUUUCGCGACGAUAUCACAGAUCCCGGCGCCGCUGUCGCCGCCACCAAACCUCAAAUCAGGAUCUGCUUGGCCCUUCUGACUUUAUGUCUGGCAGCCUGCGUCACCAUUCUGUCUCUUUGCCUCCUACAGGAGCCAGGUAUGCUUAUUUUCAGGAGCGAGACCGUGGUCAUUCCGGGCAUAUUGCGACCAGAAGUACUUGGCAUUCUGCUGAACAUCAAGAUCAUUUAAGAAAGGAUAUUAAUUGGUUCCUGAGAACUUCAUCCAGCUCCCGGAUGCUGCGCAAAGGGACCACCAUAACUAUUGCUGCCUCUAAGACAAGAUCGGAACGCCACCAUGAAUGCACGCAAAGUCCUAGUCAUUAUAGCCAUCAUCGCCUCCAAUAUAUCCAGAGAAGUCAUUCUCGUAUGACAAAUAACAAUAUUGCAAAUGCUAACAAUAAUCAAAAUAGUUCUGAUGAGCUUAAUAAUCAGCGUUCUGGCUUUUUUCCGGGUAAUGCUGGAGAGUUGAUUGCUCAAGAUGCGGUUAUCUUAGAUUCUAGUGACAAUCGGAUUUUUCCUAAUCUAGACCAAAAGAACACGUUUCAUCAUUGUCGUCGAAAUUAUCGCCACCGUCAUGAUGUUCAGCAAAAUACACAUUUAGGUAACCUAGAC